CACACACACACACACACACACACACACACACACACAUCGAUGAACGUGGCGAGCAGUCUGUGCAGUAGCGUUCUCUCCGUGCGAACAUGCGCGUUCUGUUUCACGAAAGCUACGGGACCGAGAGAGAGACAGUUUACGUGAAGUCAGAAGAUGGCUUCACCGCGAACGAGACGAAACUACCGGGAUCUACCGAGUCGCAGGCCUUUCAUUUCCGGAUCGCGUCGAUCCUCAAACAGAUAUUCCUGCCGCAGGGAUAUCCAGACAGCGUGCAUCCCGAUUACACGGCUUAUCAGAUAUGGGACACGGUGCAGGCCUUUGCGAGUACUAUAACAGGUACGCUAACAACUCAUUCUAUUAUGAAAGGAAUAGGAGUUGGCGAGUCAAAUGCCACACCUUUGGCGGCAGCGAUAACGUGGAUCCUGAAGAGUGGCACUGGAAUGAUUGGAAGCAUAAUGUUCGCAUGGUGGAAUGGUACAAAAUUAGAUGGACAAUGCAAAAAAUGGAGAUUGUUUGCCGAUAUUUUGGAUGACGUAGCCAAAGGGAUAGAAUUACUUGUGCCAUACUUCUCUUCGUAUUCCGUUGCAAUUCUGUGUCUCUCAACCACUAUGAAGUCUAUUGUUGGUGUUGCUGGUGGAGCUACAAGAAUAGCAUUGAUUCAUCACCAGGCAAUACAAAAUAACGUUGCGGAUGUCUCUGCAAAGGAUGGAAGUCAAGAGACAUGUGUAAAUCUAAUAGCAUCAUUCUUUGGAAUCUUUAUAUUAUCCUUAUUCCAUGAUGGACAAUAUUUAUUACAAUUGUAUCUCUUCCUGGUGGCAGUCCAUCUCUAUGCAAAUUAUUCAGCAGUUAAAGCAUUGUGUUUAGAUACAUUCAAUGAAGAUCGUCUGGCUAUAAUUGUUAAAAAUUAUAUGACGACUGAACAAAUUCCUGAGCCACGAAAAGUGAAUAAAGAAGAAUCGGUACUUCUAUUUAAAAAUCCUACCAAAAAUAUAUGUGGUUUUGAUAUAAAAAUUGGCAUGUCGUUCGCAAAAGUUUUGAGAAGAAAUGUGAUUUCAUCUACAGAAAUGGAAUUUUUAUUAAAAUUCUUUGAAGACAGAAAAUACAUAAUAACAAUAGAUAUCGAAAAAAGAAAUAUAUUUAUAAUACUGAAGAAGGAUGUACAGUCGACUGAAAUACUGGAAGCAUAUUUUUAUGCUUCCAUGUGUGCUUUCUAUAUUUGUAUAGCAAGAAAAAUACCAAUAGACAUAUUAUUGAAAUCUGAAACAUUUGAAAUAUCGUAUCCGUUAUUGAAUGCAUAUAUCCUACACAAGAUAUUUACCCAUUCAAAUAGCAACGUACAGCUAUCAAUAGCUAUUCAAAGUGUCUGUGCUACAGAUGUAAUCGUCUCUAAUGAAUAUAAAGUGUUCCUUAGUAGUUUAGAAGCGAAUGGAUGGAAAACAGGGACGAAUUUAUUGGCAGUUGAUGCAUGGAGAUUUUCUACAGAAAAAAGUAAAUAAUAGAGAUUAUUAUAUGAAUUAUAAUGGGAAGGAUCAACUGCUAAGAAGCAAUCAUAUUUGCAAUUGUUAAUUAUUCUUUAUUAAAAGAAUAUUUCUUCUGCUUGACUAUAAUCAGAAAACAAUAAUAAUGAUCUGGCAAUGAGAAUAAAGCCAUUUUGGGAAA